AUGGCCAAGCUUGCUUCUGAAUUCGCCAUGAAAGAUCUCGGCCCUCUUAGCUACUUCUUGGGUAUCUCGGUCACCAGGAACAAGAAUAAUAUGUUCUUAUCUCAACAGUCUUAUGCCACUGACAUUAUUAAGCGUGCCAAUAUGCAGAAUUGCAACCCGGUGUCCACCCCAGUCGACACUCAUGCUAAACUAAGCGCCAACUCGGGUGAACCCUUCCAUGAUCCUACCCUAUACAGGAGUCUAGCCGGAGCACUUCAAUACUUGACAUUCACACGACCGGAUAUCACCUAUGCUGUGCAACAGAUAUGUAUGCACAUGCACGCUCCGAGGAUCGACCACUGGAACGCCCUUAAACGAAUUAUCAGAUACCUAAAGGGCACAGUUACAUACGGCCUCACACUUGGACACAGCUCAGCCCCAUCUUUACUUGCUUAUACAGAUGCAGACUGGGCCGGUUGCCCUGAUACACGCAGAUCCACCAGUAGCUACUGCAUUUACUUUGGUGAUAAUCUCAUCUCUUGGUCCUCGAAACGACAAUCAACGGUUUCUAGAUCCAGUGCAGAAGCAGAGUAUCGUGGGGUCGCAAACGUAGUUGCCGAACUUUGUUGGUUACGAAACUUACUUCUUGAGCUUCAUCACCCUCUGACACGUGCCACGCUGGUUUAUUGUGACAAUGUAAGCGCCAUCUAUCUCUCAGGAAACCCGGUUCAGCACCAACGGACGAAGCAUAUUGAACUCGAUAUUCACUUCGUCCGUGAACAGGUACAACGCGGUCAAGUCAGGAUUCUCCAUGUCCCCUCUCGAUAUCAGAUUGCGGACAUCUUCACGAAGGGGCUACCUCGUAAUCUCUUUGAAAACUUCAGAUCCAGUCUCCGCAUCCGAUCUCCUCCCGCUUCGACUGCGGGGGUAUAA